AUGUUUUUAAGUGUUGAAUCAGCUGUUUUCAAACCUCAUCUCUUUCUUGUUCUAUUUGUUUGCUUGAGGGCAAGCAAAGGUCUUUUGGAGCAUUCUGGAGCAUAUGGGAUGAGGAGCAUGGAGGGACUUGGGCAUGGACGCAGCUCAACUGGAUACGCAAAGGAAGAAGGAGAAGCCAUCUUGAAGACCAGCUCGACCAACCCGAGUUCCUCAACUCGACCGGCCAAGCUUCAACUCGAUCGAGCUGAGAAGUCAAAGUCAAACCCGAAAAAUGUUGCUUCCCCCUUGACUUUCCUUUGA